AUGGGUCUCAAAUCUUAUUUUAAACAGCAAAGUUCUGAAAGGGAAGUCACUCACUUUGAAUUCAAUGCAUGGGAUAAUACCAGUGACGUCCCGAAGUCGAGUAAGGAUUACCUUGAUCUUAUCAAAAGCGUUGACGCCAACUUAAGGGAAACUUCUAACCGAGGCCCGGUUCUUGUUCACUGUUUGGACGGGACUGGAAAAAGUGCUUUGUUCUGUAUUGUUUCAAUUUUGGUUGAAAAGAUGAAAAUAGAUCAAGAAGUCAGCGUUGUUAAUACCAUAAGGAAAGUCAGGUCCAGGCGUACAUCAGCAAUCCCAAACAUGGCACAGUUUGAAUUCUGCUACAAAUGCGUGUUGUCCUACAUAAAGUCAUUUGAUUACAGUCAAUAUUCAAAUUUCACUGGUAGUGUGACAAGUGUAUCUACUACUUAAACGGAUUGUUGGCCAUGCUAGUUCAACGACAGCUAA